AUGUUUGGGAAAAGAGAAUCACCAACUGCAGUAGGGGGUCUGCAGUUGGAUAGAACUUAUAAUGAAAACCUCAAAAACUUGACCUCCUACACUCUAAUAGAUACUCUUGUUAUACCAGUCUUUCUACAGCUUCCAAACCAAUCCAUGCUUUCUGUCAAUGCAUUAAUGGACUUUGGUGCCUCAGUGUGCUUCUUUGAUUAUACCCUAACACAUCAAUACAACUUACCUACUAGUAAAAAGAGAACACCACUGAUGGUGGAAAACCAUUAUGAGGAAAUUAAAUUUAACCUGAUUCAAAUGCUACACCAUCAUGUCAUUCUGAGGUUAUCUUGGUUGGCCUAUCAUAAUUCUAGUAUUAAUUGGCAUGAGCGCAUACUGAAAUUUCCAGAUGCAGGUUGUAUUCCUCACAUUCAGCACCCAUCUCUUGCUUUAACAACAACUCACAUUAGUAUGCCAGAAAGAGUUUUCUUGGCCCAAAUUUUCCACAUAGCAUUUGUAAAUAAGGGUUCUGAUAUAGCCACCUCGAUACUCCUAGUGAAAUACAAUGACUUUAGUGAUGUGUUCAAUAAAAAGGAGGCAAAUAGGUUGCCAGAACACAGACCAUAUAACUGUGCAAUAGACUUAGUAUCUGGCAAACAGCCUCUAUAG